AUGGAUAUUGAAAAGCUUAUAAGCAUUGUAAAUGCAAAAACACCACUGUGGGAUAUGCGUGAUAAAAGAUAUCAACACCGAGACGUUCAAAGAAAGCUUUGGUUAGAAGUGGCUAAGGAAAUGGGUAUUGAUGAUGUUACUUUGAUUAAAAAAAAAUGGCAAGGACUGAGGGACGUUCUCCGCAAGGGGUUCAACAAAAUUUCAAAAGGCAGGAGUGAAGAUGAAGCCCCUCUUGAAAAUACGUCGACUUGGCCACAUUUUGAAAGCAUGUUAUUUUUGAAAGACAUAAUUGUGCAACGAAAACUUCAGGGCAGCUUCUAGUUCCCAAGUGUCAUCAGGUAUUGUCGAGGAAAAUUUUCAGACGUCUGUUGCGCCUUCUGUAUCAAGAGCCUUAAAUAAACGAAGUACCCCACAAGUCGACAAAGGAAAGAAAUUAGAACCACCGAAAAAUACAGAUAAAUACAAGAAAAAAAGGAAAAUAUUGCCUAAUACAGCGGAUGACCCGUUUCUUGAAAUAGAGAAAGAGAAAUUAAAAUUAUAUGCUGAGAAAGCUGGUGCGAAAGAAGACAGUGACUACCAGUUUUUAGUAAGCCUUCUGCCAUUUUUAAAAAAAGCACCACCUCAUCGAAACCUUGUACUUAGACAUAAAUUAUUACAAGUUUUCAUUGAUGAAGAAGAGAAUCCUUCACACACACGAAGCCAUUCGUCUUGUUAUGCAUAUUCCUCACAUGGUACACACACUCUGUCGUCCCCUCCAAAUUCCAUCAAUGUAGGAAAUCAUGACGCCAGUUCAUUGGAGAGUGCUGCAAGUUACGUUUCAAAUUUCAGAGAUGAAACUGAAUUAAGUUUUUUAACAGUUCUACCAUAAUUUUAAGUACUCAUGUUUUGUAAAUUAAACUCUUUUGUUUUGGUAAAAUAAAUAUCAAUAUUU